AUGGCUUCGAACUCGGAAUUGGCAUGUGUCUACGCUGCGCUCAUCUUGCAAGAUGAUGACGUUGCAAUUACUGGCGAUAAGAUCUCAACUCUCCUCAAAUCCGCUCACGUUGAAGUGGAACCGUUCUGGCCUGGACUGUUCGCGAAAGCACUGGAAGGAGUGGACGUAAAGGUAAGUCUUGCAACAUCUGUCCUCAUUCAUAUGUGUAAAAGCACUUAUGUGUAA